UUUAAAUCUAUUCUUAUAGUGAAACAAUAAGCUGAUUACAGGUUUAAUAACGCAUACUUGUAAGUUACGUAUAAGCAGAGUUAUAGAAUGAAUGUUGUUAUUUGAAAUAACGUUUCGGGAGCGUCGUAUUGUCACAUCCAUUAAGCCGGGGCAGGGCGGAGCCCGGCCACGCCCCGGGUCCGCCCCGCGAGCACCCACUCCCGGCUCCACGCCGCCGCCGCCGCGACAACUUACUAAAACGAUUUACUCACAAUCGCAUCUCGCCCCGUGCCUCCUAUCAUCUUCUAAAAAAUAACCUACUUAGUGAACGUGAUAAACCAAGUCAACCCUUUUCGUAAAUUCGAUUCGAAUACCAAUGAUCGAACUAUUAAUAGAUCGGUGCUUUAGUGGAAAAUAUUAUUAUUAAUGAAAGUUGUGAUUUGUUGAUGAACAUGUUGAGAAGCAGUAGACUGUGAUGUGGUGUGAAGGUGAGAUCGGGAGUGAGACCGGGUGGAGUGUGUUCGUGUCGUUGCAGCGGUGAAGGUCGCGACAGUGGCGACGGGCAGCGCGCGCGAGCGCGAGAUGGGCGGUGGCUGCGGCGGCAGCGCGGGCGGCGGCUGGCCGCGCGAGGCGCCCGCGCUGCUGAGCACGGCGCUGCUGCUCGGCGGCGCGCUGCCGGAGCGCCCGCCGGCGCCGCUCUUCACCAUCGACAGCAUCCUGGCGCCGCGCCCGCCGCCCGCCAUCCCGCCGCUGCAGCUGCACCACCUCGCGCACACCACGUUCCACAGAGCGCACGAUCUCUUUGGUACGUCUGCAAAGAUGUUGUUCAUGAAUGGAGUGGGCGGCAUGGGCGGCGGCGUGUCCAGCUCGGGCGGGUACGGGCUGUACGGCGGGUACGCGGCGGCGGCGCUGGCGGGGCUGGCGGGCCCGCCGCCGAAGCGCAAGCGCCGCCACCGCACCAUCUUCACCGAGGAGCAGCUCGAGCAACUGGAGAGCACGUUCGACAAGACGCAUUACCCCGACGUUGUGCUGCGGGAGCAACUCGCGCUGCGCGUCGACUUGAAGGAGGAGAGGGUUGAGGUGUGGUUCAAAAACCGUCGGGCAAAAUGGCGGAAGCAGAAGCGCGAGGAACAGGAGCGGCUGCGCAAGCUGCAGGAGGAGCGCGUGUGCGGGCGGCUCGGCGCGCGCGCACCCGCGCCCGCGCCGCCCGCGAUCGCGCACUCGCCGCUGCGCGCGCCGCCGCCGCCGCCGCGCUGCUCCGACGACUCCGACUCCGACCUCGAGGUCGCUUGAGACCUCCCCCACAGACACUCGCGUGCCAAACUCCUUACUCAAUACGGGUACAACUAGUGAUCAGUGAAAACUAUAAACAAACAAGUGAUGUGAACGCUGUUUUGUCAAUACGUGCAAUCGAAUGGAACGGUAGUGUCGCAGAAGAACUUGAUGCAAUAUUUGAAAUGUUGACACUGGAACUCUUCGCGACUUGUGCAAGUUUCUUGUGAAAACGGUGCAACGCUGUGACCUUUCACAAGAGCAACAGACGCCAGUUUAAUUAAAUGCAACAGAUUUAACAACUAGUAACAAUAUAAUUAGGUAAUUAUCUAUAUAGUUCGGGCACUAGACAACUGUGUGCUAAUAUUUAUUAUUUGAAGAAUACUAGGUAAACAUAUUGUAUAUUUUAGAUUUUAAGGUACCUAUCUGAUAAGCAAAUGUAAUUAGAAAUGGUCCACAGAAUAAUCGAAUUCCUAUUGUAUAAUUGAUGUACCUAACACAUUUGUUGCAUGACAAGUUAUAUACGAGCAUAGAUUCAACAUUAAAGUAGCACGAUUCCUUGAUGUACCUAGUACCUACUUGUAGAACAUUUUCUCGGAAAAACUCGUACAUGACAAAAGACGAAGCAACUGUUAAAGACUGCAAGUUUUGUUUUAUGUAUACAUAUGCAUGUGUUUAUCGAAAUCAGCCGUAUAAGCAUGGUCGCGCGAUAAAUGAUAAAUGAUCAGGCCGUCCCUAUCGCACUUAUAAAUAGUGCGAUACGAUGCGUAAAUUUACAUACAGUCAUAUUUUCCUAUCCAUAAGAAACAUAUUUAUUUACAUUUUAAAUACAAUUCAGUGACUUUAUUUUCUUUAUUUCCUUAGAUAAAAUCGUCGUUUUGUCAAGUAGUUACUCGUUUUAACUAGAUUUUUUUAAAGAAGAAAAGAAGAUAUAAUUUACCUAGAUGCAAACUGAACUUCCUAUUACAACAUAUUUGUGACAGUAGAUUAGGUACUAUGUAAAAAUCAGCACCAAAAAAGUACCACCAACCAGUAAUUUGAACAAGUACCUACGCGGUAGCUCUAUAUUUUAGUGCUCUGUACCAAAUUUGGUUAUAUGGAACCCUCGUGAUACCACUAGAUUUAAAUCGUAAUGCAGUAAAGCCUGACCAGAAAUAGGUAUAUUAUUAUUGUCAGGAGGGCGCUGUUAUUCUGAUGUAUGGGGUGACAGUUAAGUUUAGUAUGAAGAAAAUAGUUCUAAUUAAAUUCCG